AUGUCGAAACCGACAGCGGGAUACCCAUCAGGUUUCGAUCGGACUGCCGCUGCGGGAAUGGGGAUGCUACCGGAUUCUGGGACGAUGUCGAAAAGGAAGCGGCUCAAGCGCGACCGACCUUACGGUUUGACAGACCCCGAUUGGCCAGAUCUAUCAUUGCUAUUCUCGUUUGUCAACAUCGGAAGGCGAGAUCAAGUCUCCAUCAAAUCCUAUCAAGAUCGCUCCGUCGAAGCCUCGUCCGCACAAAGUGCCGCUAAAAUGACUACCCCUGCCUCGAACCUCGCCAACUCUCAACCUGACUUGGUUUUACCGGUCGAGAUCAUGAUCCAGAUCUUCCAAGAUUACGCCGCCUUUCGAUGUACGGAGCCUCUCAUCGGUAUUCCGCUGGAUCCUUUUGGUGACUACAAGACUAAGGCAAUCCGCAGGGAUUGGCUCGUCAUGCCUACCUUGCUUACUUGCAAGCUCUUCAACGCACUGAUGCUGCCUGAGGUAUACCGAACAGUAUACGUGAUCGGUGGUCUUCUCUUGAACCUCCUCAAGCAAGCCAAGACGGAAUCACUCGACCUCAUCCAGACUUUAAGAUUCUCGUAUCCAAUCACCGGCAGGUCCUCCCUCGACCUUGUCAGCGAGGUCGUCGAAGAUCGUAUCUUGCAGUCGCAGCUAGUGCAUUUCCACGAAUAUCCAGGGCGAUGUCGACCAUGUCCGCCACAUGCUUCGUACCCGGAGCAAGCAGCAAACUAUCGCUCUUGGUGGAAGAAACAAAAACGUCCUAGAACGGAGUCCGUGAACACCGAUUGCAAGAGCCUUGCUAUUCUUGCGGUCAUCUCGCGUUUCUUCACGAUCGAGCACAUCCUAAUCGACGGAUACAACGCAAAUGAUUCGGUCUACGACUUCGAUUUCAUCAUGCCCGGUCCAAAGCUCACAUUCAACAUUCGGUGCAGUAAUCGCUCGACCGUUGAUGAAUCGCGGUGGCGCAUCGAUACCUUGAUCGAGGAAAGCUCGGGCGCUAUCGUCCUGAAGCUCGGUUGGGAGACACGCUCACCCAAAAGCGUAGCGUACUUGACUCUGUGCGAUCUACUGCCUCGAUUCUUUUUCGGAAGAGGAACUAUUACGAUCAGCCCCUUCAUCCCCGGAGAAGACCGCAAGGUCAAUCAACACGCUUGGUGCUUUCCCCGAAGGACGCCUUGCAUCGAUGUGCCGUCCAUCUGCCAAUCGUACCAGCUCCGUCUCCCCUACCCUGAAAUACGUUUUGAGUCGGGCUGCAACUGUGGCAAUGGGGAUAGCACGGGAUUCUGGAAUGAUUGUGAAGCGAAAGUCUCGGAAUGGGUGAAGAGCUUGUUCAAGAACGCGGAAUUGGAGCAUUCGACAUGGCCACCUAGUUCUCCUUGA